AUGGCAACGACGGAGGAGAGUGUGUUGGAGUGGGUGGUGGAAGGCGAGGAGAAGCAAGUGGUGGUGCGCGAUGGCUCCGAAAGCAUCACGCAGCACGCACUGCAGCUCCUCCCCUUGCACGCCGAUGAAAGCACCAGCAGGGCCAAAGCAAAGCCCCAUGCGCACUUCCAUCAGCUCUCGGCAAGGCGCAGGCCGGGCAAGCACAGCAAGGACAAGGCAGGCAAGGCAUCCGCCGAAGGACCGAGCAGGCCUCGCGUUCUUUGUGCCACCGUUAACAGCGUGGAGGAAGAGAGGGCAGCCCCCUGGGCUGAGAUGGACCGCCUCCUCGCCGACCGCGCUGGACUUCAAUCAUUCAAGGCGUUUGUUGCAGAUGACGAGGCAGGCCUUCACUGCCUGUAUUUCUAUUUGGCUUGCAAGUAUUUCUCCACGAUUUCCAGCAGUUUGCUUCACGACACUGCCUCCCUGAUUUGUGAUUCGUUCCUCGGGCCCGAUGCACCACACGAUGACGAUCACGGUAGUGGUGGUGAUGAUGAUGAUGAUGAUGAUGAUGAUGAUGAUGAUGAUGAUGAUGAUGGUGAUGAUGAUGAUGAUGAUGAUGCUGAUGAUGAUGAUGAUGAUGAUGAUGAUGAUGAUGAUGAUGAUGAUGAUGAUGAUGAUGAUGAUGAUGAUGAUGAUAAGGGUGGUAGUGCUGCUUGUGCGUGCUACCGUGGCAACCUAGGGCUGUGGUGGUUGUGCGCCAUCACCUUCGCAUCCAAGAACUCUCGUUGCGCGCUGGCAUCUGUACGCAGCGCGACCUCUGUGCACUUCCAGCCAGCGCUGGACGAGGCCGUCUUCCUCCUCGCCCGCCACUUUGCAGACUUCCUCGCAUCCCCGCAAUACGCGGGCCUGAGUGAUGCGACGCGGUUUGGCCACCGCCGACCCAUUACUGUCGACCUGCACGAAGAGGUGAAGGCGUUCCUGACGCUGCCAACAGCACCGUCGUCACCGCGGCGAGCAAAGUCGCGGUCCCGGCGCUCCACCACCUCCGUCCCGGCGUGGCGAUCAAAGUCAAAGGUGGUGAGCCGGUUGCGGUCGAAGAAGCGUGAGGGUGCACCGUCGAAAUCGCUCUUUACGCCCUUCCGCCACGGACAUGCAACCAAGAAGGACCGCGAUCGCGCUGUCCUUUCGCGUGGAGGAGCAGUCCUCCGGCUGUCCUGCCACUCCUGGCGAAUUCACCAGAGUGCGGAGGAGGACCACGCCACGACGGCCGUCAUUCGCUAUUACGACAAACUCGCACGGACGGGCGCUGUGUCGUCGACGCUGCUGCUCGCCCGCCGCGAUUGGUCGCUUCGCCGCGGCGUCGCCUGGAAGCCACCAAACACGAGGCCGACGAAACUGCUGCACACGCUUCGUGACAUCACCGACGUCGCAUCAACCCGGCACCCUGUGCUUGUGCACGGGCUUGAGAGCGGCGUGCUGCUGACGGCGUAUCAGGACGGGUGCAUCGCCAUCGUGUCAUCGCGAUUCGACACGGGCAACGUCUUCAGCGCUAUUCUCGACAGGACAAUUGCCGCCAAGCUGGCCGAGAAGCAGUAUGGAGUGCUUGCCUCUGCGGUGUGCAUCUCGGACGGCGUUGUUGUGUUUACGCUGACGCACAGCAGCGUGAUUGGCGUUGCUGUCCUUCACGACAUAUCCCAUCUGCGCGGGUCCGAUCAGGGCGACCUCGCUCUCUCCGGCUCAGCCCGCACACACGCAGACGCGGCACAGGGGGGAGUGCAACGCGCCGUGCGCUUCGUCUCGUUCCACAAAUCCGCCGUCGACCGUCCCGGCGGCCUCCUCUCUGUCCACAGAACCCUCGUGCUGCAGUGGUGGUCGGCCCCGAGCGAGCGGGACGACAACGUGUGCGUGUAUGUGUUGCCGGACUCACAGCAGCUGGUGCACCUCCGCCAUCUCACCGUGCCCCACCUCAUCCACUCGCUCAUCAUGAGCAAGCUCGACCCAAAGACGGUGUUUCUGCUGCAGAGGAAGGAGACGCCGCAGCGCGGGUUCCGCUAUUUUUUCUCCCGUUUCUCCAUGCGCCAUUCAGAGGACGUGCCAUCGUCUCCGCGGUCACAACCGAGCCGCCCUGUGCUGGAGCAGCACCAAAGCAUCACCCUCAAUCUCACCAGCGCCGUCGUCGUUGCCGCUGUCAGUUUCGACGACACGCGCGCUGUUGUGGUGACGCAGCAAGGGCAUGUGCACCUGAUCAACCUCAACUCAAACACAUCAACACUCUCCGUGCUGCCCAUGGCGUAUGCCACCGAUUCGCCAGCGCACGAUCCCGUGUGCGUUGCGUGGCAUCCGUCGUCGGCGUACUUUGCUGUUGUGUCGCGCCGCGGCGUUGUGGCGCUGUUUGACCGCGCACUCAACCCACUCAACAUCGUCCUCAACACAGAGGAUGCGACGCCGCUGCCCUAUCUCGACCUGUCUCUCCUCGACAUUACCUUCUCUGGUGCCGCUGGUGCGCACUGGCUGCCGGCCCCGCACACGCCGUCCGCAACAACCACAGCGCCCCCACCGUCCACCACCGCCACCACCACAGCAACAGUGCCUGCUGCCACGGCCUCCUCUGCUGCCAUGGGAACACCCCGCCCCAGCCACGGCGCGCCAGUGCUGUACGACAGCUGCGAGCUGGUCCUCCUCCUCAGCGGUGGUCCUCCCGCAGUCCUCCGCUUUGAGAGCGCGGCCGCAUUUGAGGGCACCGGCGAUUCGGUCCUGGCAGGACUGUGCAUCAACCACGUGCGAAGCGGCAACACGCAGCGCGCCAUCCGCUUGGCAAAGGAGAUGGAGUGGACUGCAUCGCAAGAGUCGUGUUUCCACGUCCUCAACACCAUCUUCGACGAGCUGCUCAGGCUGCCGUUCUCUGACGAGCGGUGCGACAAGGCGCUGGCUGCGAUUCCGCGGUUUGCGUGGGAGCAGACGGCCGUGGACGCACUCGGACUGCAGUCCGCAAAGCUCCACAUCGACGCCCUCCUCUGGCGGUUGUUUGAGCACAUGAUGCUGCAUGGGUCGCUGCUGCGCGCGCUGCUGCUGGCUACCCGUACCGCGUCCCCGCCCAUGUGCCGCGCGCUCGUCGCCGCGACCGAGCACGCCCGGACGGCCACGGAGGUGGUGGUGCAUGCAGUGGCGCAGCGCGCACAGCACACGACGGCGGGGCAGCUGGUGCCGGCACCAGAAUCAACUGUGUGAUGCGACGCACACACACGCACACACGCACACACACACACACAUGGCCCAAUUGGUGGUGCGUGCAGUGCUGAUAAGGGAAGCAACGCGCGCGCGGUGUUGUGUUCUGGUCGUGUGUGUGGCGUGCGUGCGUGCGUGCGUGCGUGUUGUGGCUGAUCUGUUGCUCAGCUUGCCUAGCUUCAUGCUCGCAUGCCAGCCCUGUUGUUUUUCUUCCCUCAGCUGUUUCCCUUCUUCUGUUACAUUCUGCUCUUCGCAUUGCUGAUCCCGCGUCUCGUAAACAACCCGGCAACAACA